AUGGUUCGAAAAUAUGUACGAAAAACCGAGAGGCAGAAAUGGGAUAACAAUUUAAUGAAUGAUGCUGUAUCUGCAGUUAUUGAAGGAAAUAUGGGUUAUCGCAAGGCUUCUAGUAUAUUUAGAGUUCCCAAAACGACUUUGGAACGAUAUGUUCAGAAAAUGAAAAACAGUUCUGACAAAAUGGUUAAAGUUACAAAAGCAGGUGCUUUCAAAACAGUAUUCACAAAAGAACAGGAAAAGGAGCUUUGUAAUUAUAUAAUUAGCAUGGAGCAGAGACUUUUUGGCCUAACUUCUAUGGAAGUGAGAUCCCUGGCUUUUCAACUAGCGGAAAAAAAUAACUUACAUAAUUCUUUCAAUAAGGAAACUCAAUUAGCUGGUGUAGAUUGGUUACACGGUUUUAUGCAACGUCAUUCAAACAUUUCCUUGAGAAAACCUGAAGCCACAUCUGCUGCUAGAGCCAUGGGCUUCAAUAAAGUUUCAGUUAAAAAAUAUUUUGAUCUAUUAACCAGUAUCGUUCAAACAAGAAAUAUAACAGCAGAUAGAAUAUUUAAUGUUGAUGAGACGGGUGUUACGGUCAAUCCAAAGCAACAAUCCCGAAUUGUGGCCUGUAAAGGUCGUCGACAGGUAGGAGCAGUAACUUCUGCAGACCGAGGGGAAACAGUCACAGCGGUAGUUUGCAUAUCUGCCGCAGGUAAUUAUAUGCCACCAAUGCUAAUAUUUCCAAGAAAAAGAAUGCAGCAGGAGUUCCAAACGGGUUUACCCCCAGGAUCAUGGGCUGAAGUCCAUUCUUCCGGAUGGAUAAAUAAAGAUCUUUUCUUAUCUUGGUUUAAGAAAUUUAUAGAUUUCUCAAAACCUUCGUCAACGUCUCCUGUAUUGCUGCUCCUUGACGGACACAGAAGCCAUACUACAAAUCUUGAUGUAAUUGAUCUAGCUAGAGAAAAAGAUGUCAUAUUAUUAUGUUUUCCACCACAUUGCUCCCAUCGUCUUCAGCCCUUGGACGUAUCAUUUUUUAAACCAUUAAGUAAAUACUACGAAGAUGCA